AUGCCGCGGACGCUGCGGGAGCUCAGACCACAGAAGACCGUGCGGAUCCUUUCGCUGACCCAGUCCAACGCACCACGGCAGCAGGAGUACCUGUUGGAGGGGAGACAGUUGAAGGUAGUGGAACAGCUCCAGAACAGCAGACAGAGGGCGACGCUGCCCCCGAUGCACAAGCAUCGGCUGCGCCUCGUCCACCCAUUUACAAAAGACGCUGGUUCAUCAUCACUGGAAUCAUUGGCGCCCUCCUCGGUAUCGCAUACCGGAAUUUUCUCAGCUUCCAUCGCUUUCACGCAGCCUGUCAAUGUCACUUGGAUCAAUGGCUCCAGCGAGACUCCACUGGGUUACAUGAGCUUGUCACCACUUAGCGCUUCACACAAGCGGGCUACUAUCAACGACACGACUACAUUCUACAUCCAGGAUGAAGCCGCGUUUGGUCUCUUUGCGACCCAUAUGAUUACCGACCAAAACUUUACAUGGAGAUUGGAAAGUUACAAUCUUCGUGUCCAGGCAUUGAAGUUCCCAGUUGCCCAUGGCAUUAGUUUCAACAAGGAGAUCACUUUGAAUGGCAUCAAUAGCUUUUCUGGAAAUGUCGUUUUAGAGGACUUACAGCUACCAAGCGACAGCCCAGAUGGUGGUAUAAACUUUGUUGCGGUCACGUCGUUGAACAACACUAGUCCUUUUGCCCUGGAUCUCGGUACUGUUGUAUUCGAUUUAGCAUACCAAGGUGUAUACCUUGGAACGGGAACAGGGACGAACACCAAUCUUUAUCCUGGCGCUAACAAUAUUACUCUAAACGGCCGUCUUGUCCCACAAACUUCCGAUUCCGACUUAGCUGUGGUAUCUGAAUUGUUCACUAAUUAUAUCAACUUCGACAAUUCUCCCGUCAUCGCGUCUGGAAAGUCGACACUUCAAAGCGAUGGGAGUACCAUUUCGUGGCUCAGCCAGGGAUUACAAAGUUUGGCAUUGAAUGUCCCCUUCAAAUCGACGUCUCCGAUCAAUCCUAUCCAGUCCAUUCAGAUUGGAAGCUUAGCACUUGGCUUUACAGCUGAUACGGCAUGGAUGCCUCAGGCCGAUAGUAACUCUGUGCAGGCAUCGAUGAAAUUACCAUUUGGUUUUGGUCUCUCGAUUGCUCAAAUCCAGAACGAGUUCAAUAUCAUGAGCAAUGGUUCAACAGUUGCCGGUCUUGCUACGCCUUUGGGUGCUUCCACGUCUUCCAUAUCUGUAUUGAGCUCCACAGAUACACAGGGCCAGAUAAAUAUAACCAUCGCAAAUGGUGUCUUAAACUGCUCAACGGAAGAUCACAACAACUUUGCUUUGUUCAACACUCAGCUCACUGACUCCCAGACCACUGAUUUCCGACUGGUGGGCAACUCUAGCGCUGUUGCCAACAUGAGUAUCGGCCAGAUCACCCUCAACCCGAUCAAAGUCAAUGUCUCCACUACUAUGUAUGGUUUACAGGGAUUAAAGGGAUACACAACAAUCGCAAGUGUUGAUGUGGUUGGUGGAACGCAACAGGCGAUCAAUCUAUCCAUUGACGUGUCUAUCUAUAACCCAUCUAGUCUUGAUCUGGCAACAGGCGAUCUGACUUUGCAACUCCUACGAGAGGGUGCUGUCCUUGGCACCGCAUUGAUGCCCAAUUUUACCCUCAACAUGGGCAACAACUCUCUCACUUCGUCGUCGAACUUCGAGCCCAAUAACAGUCCCCAAGGUCUUGACACCUUGAAUCAAUUUGUUGGUGGAAAUGAUGUGGAACUCGCUAUAUCUGGAUUCAGUGGAAGCACAGCAGUCUCUUCUUUGUUGCCAGCUUUCGAGAGCGUCAAUAUCACUACAACGCUUCCUGGUUUGAACAGUAGCCUUCUAACCACAGGGGCCCUUACAAUCCUCCCGACUACUGGUGUCGAAAACAACAUUAGCCAGGUUACAGUGAGCCUUGCUAAUCCUUUCACAGCUGGACUCGAUAUCACGAAGAUCUACUCAACUGUUACCUCUCAUGGUCUCAAUCUGGGUACCAUUGACACGGCAACGAAUUUCACAUCUGCAGGAAAGUCGACGACGACAUCGCCUGCUCUUGAUCUGGAUAUGAACUUCGAUCCAGCAACUUUGUUUACUUUGACACGUGUCCUAGCAGUCGAAGCGGGUUUAAACCCUGCGCCGUUAGAUGGGGUGGUUCAGCUUGGAGGCAUUCAAUACUUGACUGCUACGAAUGCUGAUUCUACACCGCCAAACAACCAAUCAGAACGUCGAGAUAACAUCUAUACUGGAUUUAAUUUACCAUCGUUCGUUCAGCAAGCUUUCAAGCAACUUCGCUCAGACGUUCAACUCUCUUCCGAAGUCACUAUAGGCGAAUAUCAGACGACUUUAAACUACACACAGCAAGAUGUCCCUAUCAGCACUGAUAGCACUUUAGACCUUAUUUUGCCAAUAUUGGCUCAGCCAAUUGUCCAAAAGAUUGUGACUGGAACUGUGUUGGGUAUCGAAACAGUUAUGAUCAGCAGCCCCCAGCAAACCUCUUUCGGUGUAAUUUUCUUUCAUAUAUUUACAAGCAGCAUAGUCGACGCGACUAUAUCUUUUGGGUCUGGUCUGACUGUAUCGUGGUCGGGUCAGCCUUUAGGUUCUCUCAAGAUGCAGGACGUCAACAUCGUGGGAGAUGUCGGUGCCACUUUGAAUGUGGAAUCCACAUUCGAGGUUGCUGAUCUUGACCUUCUAACCAACUUCACAAAGGUACUACUGACGGAAGAAUCGUUUGAUUGGGAUAUCACAGGCGAAAAUCUCACAGGUAUCCAAGUUUCGGGAAUCUCGAUGCCCACCAAGUCGGUAACCCUGAAAGCUUUCAAUGGUCUCAAGAAUGGCGUCACAAUCAACUCCUUUGAUCUGCCUUCGAACGAUCCUGCUGGUGGAGUCCAUUUGACGAUUCAGUCCACGGUAACUAAUCCUUCUCAAGUCGGAAUUGAAUUAAGUUCCAUCGCAUUCAAUACUUACGCUGGUGGUGUAAGCAUCGCUCCUGUUGCAUCCACAUCAUCUGUUACGCUUGCUCCGAACUCCAGUUCAUCGUUGCCAUUGGUCGGUCGUCUCAUCCCGCAAAACUCUUCUGAAGGUCUUGCUACCGUCUCCUCCGUCUUCAACAACUUCAUCCACGGAUUGGAUAGUAACGUUGUAGUUCAGGGCGUUAGUGCUGGUCCCACUGAUGUGACCUGGCUCAACGAAGGAAUUCAGGUCUUGCAAGUGGAGACAAGUUUACCGAACCAGGGCAAGCUCAACAUCAUUCAGUCAAUCGAUCUUCAGCAACUCGAACUUCUCUUCACGCAAGGAACUGAAUACGGUCCGAUGACCAGUAGUAAUGCGACUACGGCAGCGUUCGCUCUGCCUUUCGCCUUCCCUGUUGACAUCACGUCAUUAGAGCAAAACAUCACCACCGGUUACAAUGGACAAUCAUUUGCUGAACUUGUCCUUCCCUGGGCUCCGAGCACUACUGAUGUGGAAACAAGGAUAAUCCAUCUUACAUUCGACAAUGUGCCCUUUGCCGUGUUUUCCGAUCAGCAUAAGGCUUUCCAGGACUUCCUUGCCGCUACAACUAUGGGACAGACGCAAAACCUUUCCCUUUCGGGCGCAGCUAAUGCUGAUGCCUCCACUGCCAUUGGUGUCUUGUCUCUAACCGAUAUCGAGUUUUCCGUCCAGUCGUCAAUAGAGGGAUUGCAAGGGUUGGACUCCAAACCUGUCUCUGUAGCCAACUUGGACGUGAAUCAUGGAUACACUGAUUAUCUACUUAUCACGGUAGACACUGCGUUGUUCAAUCCCAGGGAUCAGACCAUUGGUUCUGCUGACAUCAGCGGAUUGAUAAUUACGCCCGGGAACGAAUCCUAUGCUACUGAUGUGCAUUUCUCACCUCAGGGUAGUGCGCAAACUGCAGCUGGCCAAAUGCUCCUUGAAAACUACUUACAGGGAAUCGACUCUAGUACAACCAUUGCAGGUUCCGUGGACUCUACGCCAAUCGAGUCUUUGCAGGAAGCACUUUCUGAAGUGAAAUUGUCGCCAGUUACGAUUCCCGCGUUACAUCAGAACCUUAUCGGAAGCGCUUCUCUCGAGUUCCCCACGGAUAUAGUUCAAACUGGUAUCGCAUCUACCACAUUCACGCUCAAUAAUCCCUUCACUGCUAGCAUCAAUCUACUUGAAGUCACUGCUACUGCAACUUUCCACAAUUUGACCUUGGGUGCCAUUGAACAUGUUGAUCGCUCCUCAGAUCCCAUUCAUGCUGAUGGCCAUAGCAAUAUCACAUCGCCUUCAUUGCCAUUCAAUUUCAAUAUGGAUCCAAUCACUAUCAUCGAUCUAAUCACCAUUGCUGCUCAACAGAAUAAUGUCAAUCUUGGACCUUUACCGGAAUUAUUUGGACUUGUCACGUCGAACCCUAGCUAUCAUCCUCCAGUGAACACCUCGGUAGACACAAGUGCCCCAACUUGUGUUAGCGGAAAUCAAUUUGAUAUCAACGAUGCGAUUCUAGAUGCGAUGAAGGACCUCCAGGUCACUCUGGCGGUCGAUUCUUCAGUGAAAUUGGACGAUUAUGCUACUCAAUUGACUUUUAAUCAGACUAACGUGGCAGCUAUUACCGACAACACGGCACUCUACCUGAUCGGAGCAGUUGCAGCACCUGUUGCCCAGGAUCUUGUCAACGGUGCUGACCUGAAAUUCACCGAGGCAAAUAUCACUAAUAUUACCAAUGGCGGAUUCAGUCUCUCUCUGCAAGGUUCCCUCACAAAUGUAGGCCCUCUGGAUGCGUUAAUCGAGUUUGUCGAACCAGUAACAGUCACCUGGCAAGGUCAUGAUAUUGCUACAAUCUCACUUCCACCUGUGUGUGCUGCUGCAAAUACUGGGGUGCCCAAUUAUCAGACGCAGGGUACAUUAACAAUCACUGACCAAGCUCAAUUUACUGCUUAUGCGACGUAUAUCAUGCAUAAUCCGAGCUUCGACUGGACUAUUUCUACCACAAAGCUCAGACUUACUGCUCUUGGCACGAUCUUCGAUAAUGUCUCGUUGACGAAAAACAUCACCCUCAACGCUUUCAAUGGUCUUCCUGGUGUCACUAUCAGUAACUUCCAGCUUCCUUCAGAUGAUCCUGCUGGAGGAAUUACAAUCCAGACGGAUGCGCUCAUUCCUUCCCCUGCUCAGCUUGGUAUUGACCUUGGGACUGUCGGCUUUGAUGCUUAUUUCGAGAACACGCUGGUUGGACCCCUCACCGGAACUAAUCUAUUCCUUCCCCCCAUGUCUCAGGUCAACUCAUCGCUUAGUGGACAAAUGGUACCCCAAAGUGGUUCAGGUCUCGACACCAUCGGGAAACUCUUCUCAGAGUAUCUUGCCGCGGACAAUAUCACUCUUAGCGUCAAGGGCGUGUCAGUACAACCUCCAGGAACUAGUGGAGCUGUUACCUGGCUUAGUACAGCCUUCCAGAGUUUGACUCUAGAUGUCAAUUUACCCGGGCAGAAGUAUACUAUCAUCCAAUCCAUUUCUCUAUCGGAUCUGAGUGUCACCAUGCAAAAUCAGGACGAGGCGUUUGCACCACUUUCUGGCUCCCAACAUACAACAGCAGAAUAUAAGAAUCCUUUCGGAUUUUCACUUCAAGUUGUGCAAUCCACUGUCAAUAUGAUCCUCGGCUCCGGAGGCACUGAUGUAGCUCAGCUGAACCUUCCUACCUCGAACGCAGCUGGAGGUGUUUCCACAGGCAACUUAGCUACCUUACCGAUCAGUUUCCAGAACGUCCCACUCCAGUCCCUUAAUAAUGGAGCGUUUGAAGCCAUGUUUGCUGAAGUAACUGAUAAAUCCUCGGCUGCGUUAGAACUGAAGGGUACGGCCAAUGUCACGGCAAAAACGAACAUCGGAAAUGUGCCAAUAUCCGGUAUUGCUUUCGACGUCCAGUCGAGCCUCGCAGGUAUCAAUGCCUUUGGAGGUACUGCUUCUCUUAGCAACGUCUCAAUCACUGGAAGUGGCGGUACUGGUGGGAGCGAAUAUGUCGUUGCACCGCUUACAACAACGCUCAACAACCCAUCCAACGUAUCUUUGGAGACAAACAAUAUCGCACUUCCUGUUUACUACAACAACGUCAUGGUUGGUAGGGCUGCAAUAGACCCUUUCAAUUUGGCACCUGGGCAGAAUAUUGUUCCUACUCAGUUCCGUUAUGAACCAGCCAAUGCAAACGAUACUACGGCACAGGGCUUCCUCACGAGCUUCCUCCAAAGCGCAGAUGUUUUGCCACUUACCAUCAAAGGAGAUGCCGCAAGUACACCCUAUGCAUCAUUGCAGCCUGCUCUUGAAGGCCUGCAGUUAUCCACUAGUAUCACAGGCCUCAACCUUCCCCCAAUUAUCACACACAUUACUGCUGAGAUCACACUCGAAAGUGUUCUGACAAAUGAAAUUUCCAUCAGCUUUGAUAUUUAUAAUCCUCUCGGAGCAGACCUUGUCAUAGAGUUUGUCCAAUCAGAUGCAGGUCUCAACGGCUUGACAUAUGCGCACUUCGAUCAACCGUUCAGCAAUUUCGUUGUUCCACCAGGCCAAACUGUCAACAGUGGUAUGUUCGGUAACGUGAAGCUUACUCAGGGUGCCUUAGCUUCACUGCCAAUCACCGUGUUGGAUUAUCUGGAUGUCUAUGCGGUUGCUACGACUAGGAUGGGUCAAGGUGGAUACGAAAUUCCCUGGUUACACUUGACUCAGUUAAAUGUCCCGACAACGUACCAGCUUGAAGGCAUUACACUCCCCGGCCUGCAGGUAGCAGCAUCUUCGGCGGCGGCGUCGCCUUCAGGCUCGAUUCCCUCUAGUUCUGGGUCGUCGUCAGCAUCAGCAAGUGGAUCGUCGUCGUCAUCUGUAGCGCAUGGAUCUACCACCUCGAGCCCUUCUUCAAGUAGCUCCGUAUCUUCGGGAGGGUCAAGCACACACGUCACCUCUUCCCCUGCAUCCCCAACGUCGACAUCUUCUCAGAAAGGACUUGGACUAUAGUCACUGAUACCGUCACAGUCUCUUUGAUAUCCCCGUAGUUACUAUAUGUAAAGUCCCAAACUCAUGAUCAAGACGGAUACAUUGUCUCGCACAUAUCACCGCUUUGUUUUGUGAAAUGUGACUUUCUUUCGGUAUAAUACUGUGACUUAAUUUCUUAUUCACUUGUGCGUUUUUUUUUGUUGCGAACCAUUCUUUUUACUGCUUUCUUCGACUGUUCGCCUUAUAUUACUUCGUGUUUUCCAUCCAUCUCGUGUGUUCAUGGUAUACCACUGUUGUUUUUCGUUAUUAUUUUCCUUACCUUCAGAACUCAUUCAUGAGAUGAUUAUAUGCUACGGCGAGCGACACUCUUCUUACCUUUAUGUAGUAGCAGUUGAAUAAAAAUAGCAUGCAUUAUAU